GUGGCAUGAUGCUGAUGAUAUAAAGGACUGGUGCGUUUACGGCUGGCAGCUUAAACAGCGAACACGGCACUGAACAAUGGAAGGUUUGAAGCUCAUGUAUGCUAACCUGGAGGAAAGUCAAAACCAGGUGCAGCACAAUACAGAAGGUCUGAACUCAAAUGGUCUGGUAGUGAGGAGGGGACAGCCCUUUAAAAUCACACUGAGCUUCAAUGGACCUUAUAUGUCUAUCAAAGAUGACCUUAUGCUCAGAACAGAUCUAUCUAUGAAUCCAUCCAAAUAUGAAGAAAAUCUUACCUGUGACAUUCCCAUCAGUUCCACAAAAGUCACAUCUCCAUCCCAGUGGACUGCCUACUUUCAGCCUGGCAUGAUGGACCCCAGCACCCCUCACAAGGCUUCUGUGUGUGUCUACAGUCCACCUACAGCUAUUGUGGGAGUGUAUCAGCUCUAUUUGGUGUCUCGCUUUGGCUCUUACAGCUGCAGGAUUGGACAGAUCACUCUGCUCUGUAAUCCUUGGUGCACAGAUGACUCUGUCUACUUGCCUGAAGAAAAUCAGAGAAAAGAGUAUGUGAGGAAUCGCAUUGGCUUACUGUACAUGGGAACAAACAAUUUCAUAACCAGGAGGUCAUGGGAUUUUGAUCAGUAUGAGAGUGGUAUCCUGGACAUCUGUAUGAUGAUGCUGCAGGUGAGCAAUGAACACAAGCAAAACUGGAGAAGAGAUUAUACUAAGCGUUUUGACCCUGUUUACAUCAGCAGAGUCGUCUCAGCUAUGGUAAAUCAUGAUGAUGACUGCGGUGUUCUGGAAGGGAACUGGAAUGGGAAUUAUAGCAGUGGUGUCAACCCGUCAGAUUGGGAAGAAAGUGGAAGCAUUCUGAAACAGUGGGCCAAUUCUAACUUCCGUCCUGUCCAAUAUGGACAGUGCUGGGUUUUUGCUGCUGUCAUGUGCACUGUAAUGAGAGUCCUGGGAAUCCCGACUCGUGUGGUCACCAACUUUAACUCGGCUCAUGACACUAAUAAGAACAUGGAGAUUGAGGAGUAUUACUCUGAGAAAGGGGAAAGGCUGCCUCAUGGUGACAGCAUCUGGAACUUUCACGUGUGGGUGGAGUGCUGGAUGAAGAGAGAAGAUCUGCCGGAAGGAUAUGAUGGCUGGCAGGCGGUCGACCCUACUCCACAGGAGAGAAGUGAUGGAACAUUCAGAUGUGGUCCUGCCCCAGUAAAAGCUAUUCGGGAGUGUCGGACUGACAUGAACUAUGAUGUCCCAUUCAUCUACGCUGAAGUUAAUGCUGUAGUGCAUAGGUACAUUAUGUGCCAAUCACAAAUAUUGAGCUGCACCACUGAAACAGACAGAGUGGGUGCUCUCAUAUGCACCAAGGGCCUGGGAUCUGACAAACCACAGGACAUCACUUCUACCUACAAACACAACAAAGGUUUACAGCCAUUUGACAGCGUAUCAGGUCAAUUGCCAAGAACUCCACCAACUAACUAUGAAUCAGCUCGAGGUUUUUCUGUAGAGCUGAACCUUGAUAAAAUGCCUGUUGUUGGAGAAAAUAUCUGCUUCUCAGUCAUUGUGACUAAUCUUGACAGCGUUCAGAAGAGAGUGAGAGAAUACGCCAAUGCUCAGGCAAAGCGAUAUGACACCAUUCCUUCUGAUACCUUCUGGGAGGCUGAUAACUUCAUUGAGCUUUCUCCUUAUGGAAAGACUGUGCUACAACACCAGAUCUCAUACAGUCAGUAUUCUGCACUGAAGAAUGAACAGCUAGUCAAUCUGGCAGUGGUCAUAACAGAUAUGGCAACUGAAAAGCGACUCAUAGCUUCUAAAGAGUUCAACAUCAACUUCCCAUUCAUCCUCAUACAGGUUGCCGACCCAGACACUGUCACUGUGGGCAGACGCCAGGUUGCUACUGUGACAUUCACCAAUCUAUUCUCUGUGCCGGUGAGAGGCAUGUUGACUGUGGCUGGUUCAGCCCUGCUGGAGGACAAAAUACACAUUAAUGUUGAACUUUUGCAGCCCAGUGAGACCAUAAACACUGAGGUACGUUUUACACCAAAGAGUCCAGGAAAGAAGAUGCUGUAUGCUACUCUAAACCUGGAUUACAACCGUGCUGUUUUCCGUGGCUACAGAACCUUUAUGGUUCUGUAAACUAAUAUAUAUAACUGAGAAAUUAUGUGAAAUUGUAUUCUUUUUAUUGUAGUGUUUACAUAACUACAAUAACAAUCUACUAACUGAGAUAAAAAAGUGAUGUACAUGUAUCUAUGCCAUUUUAAAUUUUGGUAAUUUAUCACAUAGCUUGUAUUACUUGUAUUAUAUUUCUCUCUCUCUUUCUCUCUCUCUCUCUCUCUCUCUCUCUCUCUCUCUAUAUAUAUAUAUA